UAUCAAUCGUAGUAUCAAAGAAAAACAGGUUCGCCAAAAUAAUGGAGUAUAUAUUUACUUGUUCGUCCAGUUUACUUCACGUGAAACCCGCUAGUCCAAGAGAGACAAGGUUUUCGUCCAAUCCCUAUAGUCAUCUCUCUUUACCCAAAUUUCUCUUCUUAAUCAGCAUUUCACAUUCAUUUCUGCAUUUUUAUAGGAAGAUACCCGUUAUCAAUUCGUUGCAGACAUAAUUAACCAAAAACUCAAGAACAAUCAGGCUUAUAAAUUGAGGGAAACGCCAAUUCUACAACCAGACCGAGAAGACGAAGCAAAUGGAUAAAGCAAAAGCGUAUCUAGAACCAAUCCAGGGAGAAUCGGACCGGGUUUCGUCCCUUGCAUUUCAUCCUCACCGGGACGGCACAGACUAUAGCUUCUAUGAGUAUUAUGCGCUCAGAGGCAUCCGAGUUGACCGAGUUGAGCCGGGUCAAGUUUUUUGCACCUUCAAAGUUCCUUCUCGCCUCACUGAUAGAGAAGGGAAACUAGCAUCAGGCGCCAUCGCGAAUCUAGUUGACGAAGUUGGGGGUGCUGUAGUCUUGGUGGAGGGUCUCCCAAGGAAUGUAUCUGUAGACAUGUCAAUUUCAUUUCUUUCAAGUGCGAAGGCCGAUGAAAAAACACUUCAUACCUGGAGUUCCACAUUCUCAACAUUUAAACUUGAGAGCUCUAAUUAAGGAUGGGAAGAAUCUGAUCCAUUUCACAACACAAUCAACUUUUUAGCAAUCAGGUACAGGUAUAGAUUCCAAGGGAACUGUCACAUCUUUUAAUCUGUAUCCUAAGUUGGUGCCAUAAAACUUAGACACUUUAAGCUUUGUUUGGGCAGUUAAGUAAGAACAAGUCUGAAUUUGGAUAAAUCGAGGGAAUGGAGGCAUUGUUUGGUUGGUUAUUUGGAAUAGCUAAGUUAGUAGAAGUGAUGGUAAGAAUUUGACUGCACUAUAGGCAUAUGAAAGAAUAGGUGUGAGGUGCGUGGUGGUACAAGGACAGUUUCUGCAAGGGAA